AUGACUGCAGUAUUAAGAUCGAGAUUGCAUCUGAGCUACUUGGUGCCUGUUAAAGAAAAAGACAUUAAUGAUUAUUUUAAGAAAGUAGAAGCUCGAAACUGGCAAUUGAAACAUUACUUAAACCACCGCUUGAAAACUGAAAGCGAAAUUCAAACAUGGAACGCUCCGUCCUCUAUAUGUGCAUUUUGUCAAGAACUAUUGAAAAUUAGUAAUACCUAUGAAGGUUCGCUUGUUCUAAAAACUUCUAUGAAAUGGUAUGAAGAUUUCUAUGAACGAAACUUUAACCUACAGUUUACCGAGAGAUCUAAACAACUAGAAGAAGAUAUAUUGAAGGCAGAGAAAAAUAUUUUUUCUAAUCAUAAAAUCGCAGAACUUUUACAAGACAAUCGAAAGAGAAGAGUAGAAAAAACGGAGGAUCAAUCACAAUAUUAUCAAGACCGAUCUCAAUCACCAUAUAGAGACAACAGUACUUUUGCCGGGUCAUCUAAGGUAGGAGAAGUAGUUGUAUAUUUCUGUAAAAUUCUUUCUACUUACUUAUCUGUCCUACAGAGUGUUCUACCGCAAUCUUCUACGAACGGUGAUGCAAAAGGCGAGGAUUGUACGUCAUCCAUUGCAUCUCUCGAUUCACAGUAUUUUAACGGUGAUGACACCAACUUCAUUAAACAAGCAACUGUAAAAGGAAAACAGAGAUGUAUACAGGAAGGUGACGGAAAAAAUGUAAACAUAGAACAGACUAUCGAAGAUUCACAGGGAGUUAGAGCAGAAGAUGAAAGCGAGAAAACAAUGUGUGUUAAGAAUAUUCUUGCGGACUCGAUAACAACUUCAGAGGUUGAAAAGGUUCUCACGGAAUUCUUUUUUAAAAACUUUCCUAAUACACCGAUCAUGGAUUUACGUCCGAAGUCAAAGCUUUCAUUAUCUCUGGAUACUGACCUUCAAAAAAAUAUUUUACAUGAAAUAUUUGAUAAUGUUGAUAGUAAUUACAUUACAGAUGAGGUCCACGAAUAUCUAACGGCAUUUUUCAAUGAGGAUCAUAGUGUUCAAGGCUGGGGUAAAGCUAUCAACAAUAUAAUCAUCAAUAAUGAUGAUUCGGAGAUAAUAGCAAACACAAAAAAAUUAAUAAAGGAAACCAUGCCAAAGUUCUUAAAAGCAUUUUCGUUAGCGUCUCUUAACCCAUUAAGAGACAUAACAACUCUAGAAAAGCCACACUUGAACCAGUUCGUUCACCCAAUUAUUGACUCGGCGUUGUGGAUUUUUGCGAGUGUCAAUUAUAUAUAUGGCGAAAUACCAUUGAAAGGUCUUAAAAUUAAAGUACGAGCUGACGGUGUAGGGUUUCUGAAUGACGUUAUUAAUUAUCCCAUUAUCUGUGGUGAAGGAGCGAGACCUGGAGCGCCACAGCAAAAAAGUAUUGAUGACGAUAUAAAAAAUGCAAAAAGUAUGGCGGAACUUUAUAAUAAUAUUGUCAUUUUAGAGGCUGAUGCUCGUCGACAAUUAUUUACGGAUUUGAGAACAUAUGGAAUUACUGCGUUCAAUACUGAGGUCUCGUUGACUAUGAUGGAUUUUUGUAGCACACACAGAUUGUUCGAAGUCGAUCAUUUUGGCCUACCAAAGGAUUGGGUUGAUAUGCCCAAUUUUGUGUGGUUAUAUGAGACGGUAAUAAAAUGGGCGUUAUGCGUUAAUGCAACACGUGGUGCGUUAAUUGAUCAUAGAAAGAAAAGAAGG